CUGGAGAACGGAAAGGACGCGAUGGUUCCCAUAAAGCCCGAGAGCCCGUUGAAUCUUCCCACCCAGAAGCUCUCCCUAGGCUGCCCCGUCCUCGACCGCCUCGUUCGUGGCGGCCUCCCCGUCGGUUCCGUCACCGAGCUCGCUGGCGAGAGCGGCACCGGCAAGUCCCAGAUCUGCCUCCAGCUCCUCCUCGCCGCCCUCCGUCCCCCCUCCCUAGGCGGCCUCUCCGCCGCCUCCCUCUACAUCCACUCCGAGUUCCCCUUCCCCCUCCGUCGCCUCCGCCGCCUCCUAACACCCUUCGCCCCCUCCUCCGUCGUCCCCACACCCCUCGACCAUAUCUUCGUCCGCCCCGCCCACUCCCCCGACGACCUCCUCUCCCUCCUCACCGCCGUCGAUGCCCUCCUCGCCCGGCCCCCUUCCGCCCUUCCCGUCCGCCUCCUCGUCGUCGACUCCAUUGCCGCCCUCUUCCGCUCCGAGUUCGACAACACGCCGGCCGACCUCAAGCGCCGGUCCUCGCUCUUCUUCAAGAUCGCCGCCAAGCUCAAGGAACAGGCGAGGCGGUUCGAGGCGGUGGUGGUCGUCACCAACCAGGUGGUCGACGUGGUGGGUGGCUCGGAGUCGUAUGGGUCGAGCGGUAAUGCCAUCCGGGUGGGGAACUAUGGGUCCUUGUGGUCGUCGGGGAGGCGGGUUUGCCCUGCGCUGGGACUCUCGUGGGCGAAUUGCAUCAACACCAGGAUCUUCUUGUCGAGGAGCGACGACAUUGUGAGGAAUGAAAGGGCUUUGGUGGAUGAGGAAUCGGACGAUCGGGUCCACGGAACCGUGGUGAGGACGAGGAGGAAGAUGGAGAUGGUGUUCGCCCCUCAUUUGCCGGAGGCUUCGUGCGAGUUCGUGAUCGUCAGCGAAGGGGUCUUUGGAGUCGAGGCGCAGAGUGAGAAGUCAGAAACUCCAUCACCUACCUCACAGAUUUGAUGUACAAAUUUUCAAGGUUAAUUGGAGUCAAGGACUUCAGGACCAUUACGGUGUUGCCUGGCAGCGGCGGAUUGCACAAUAAGAGCCCUUU